AUACUUGGAGGUUAUGUAAAAAUAUUGUGAAGAGAGUAAAAGACUAAAUUUAAAAAAAAUUCUUUUUUAAAAUAUAAAAUACAUUUUUUUUUAAAGAAUUUAAAUAUAAAAUCCAUUAAAAAAUAAUUAAAAAUAAAAAAAAAAAAUAAGCAAAAUUUCUUAGUAUCAUAGAAUUUUCUAUAGGAUUUAUCAUCAGUUAUUUAUAAUUUCUCAUUAAAAAAUUUAAUGAAUAAUAUAUUUUAAAAAACUUAUUAACAAUAUGUGUAUAUCUUAUAAAAUGUGUGCAAUUUAUAAUUUUACACAUUUAUUGAAACCUAAAUCAAAUUUGAAUUAAAUAUACAUUAUGGGAAAUAUUUGGAGAAGAAUAAUAAAUUUUUUGCCCAAAUUAACGAAAUCAACUUUUUUAUCAACUAAAAAAAUGGAUUAUGAGCCUAAAAGAAAAUUAAUUCGCAUUGAUGAACAAUACUAUAAAUUUUUUGAAUUCAAUAAUUCUCAAGAUUCUGAAAAUUCCAAUGAGGAAUCAAUUAACGAAGAAGAUUUUAGUGUCACGGAAAUUCAAUUUUGUUCACAUAUUGAAGGAAAAUAUAAACAUUCAUUCUAUGUUCCAAGGGGAUUGUUGUCAUUAGUCACGGGUCCGAAAGGGUCAACGAAAGAGAGGAUAGAAACUGAAACGAAUACAUCAAUAUUGAUACCGGAAAGAAAACAAGAUAGUGAUAUAGUUGUCAUUGGUUCAAAAAGCAAAGAAAUAAUAUCAGCAAGGCAUCAAAUUGAUUUUAUAACAAAAGAAUCAAGGCACAAAGUGAGAUGUACACAUUUUAUUUCUAUACCAAUGAAUCAUGAGCAUAUAAUUAGUAAUUUUAAUAAUUUUAAAAAUGAAGUUUUAUCAAAUAGUGGCAAAGAAUCGAGAGGAAUGAAAGAAAAUUUAUUUCAAAAAGAACAAAGAUUACAUCUCACUCUCGAUGUGUUAUGGUUGUUUGAUGAAAAAGAAAAAAGUGAGGCUAUGGAAAUUCUCAAUUCAUGUAGAAAUGAAAUUAUUCAACCUUUUAUUGACAAAAAUGGACCAAUUACUAUUGAAGCAAAAGGUGUCACUUGUAUGAAUAAUGAUCCAACUAAAGUGCAUAUAUUAUAUGCAGGAAUUGUCGAUGAACAGGGAUUUCUUCAGGAAUUAUCAGAUAAUAUCGUGGAUUAUUUUGCAGAAAAGGGUUUAAUGAAAAAGAAAUCAGAAAAUGUAAAACUGCAUAUGACAGUAAUGAAUACUCUCUUUGCAAGUUUAAAAGAAAGAAAAAGAAAGAAAAGUGGCAAAUUAAAACGUGAAACUUUUGAUGCAUCUAAUAUAAUUGAGGCCCAUAAGGAAACUAAUUUUGGAAAAAUUCAGUUGUCUAUAAUUCAUUUGUCGCAAUUUAAUGUAGACGAUAGUGGUUAUUAUAAAUCAAUCGGAAAGAUCGUUCUCGGAGAAAGUUAAUUUAAAAAAAUCAAUUACAAAAUUCUAAUUAAUAAAUACACAAAAAUGAAGAAACUUUUUUAUCAAUAUUGAAAAGAAAAAUCUACACAGAAAUGAUAUAUUUUUUUCAAUAAAAUUUCUAUACAAAUAAUAAUUUCAAUGAAAAUAGCUUAAUUUUAAUACAGUCAUUUAUUAUGACAGAUAAGUUUUUCUAAACGAGUAUAGAAUGGAGUUACUGAUAAGGUUAAUAGCAC